UCAUCAUCUCCGGACCCUGCACAACGCGCCUUGCAACGUCAAUCUACGACUCCAACCUCAAACAACAUCCAUCGUCUCCUAUAUCCUUUGGUUUUUCUUCCCCAUCACAUAGAAGAUCGCAAUCAUGGGAGACGUCGCCGUGGAGAACCCGGCAAACAACGUCACGCCUCUCCCAAAGCCAGGUGCCUUGGAUGCCCUUGCUAACCUGGACUCGCUGGAGGGCACUGGAGCCGAUGGAAACGACGAAUAUGCCAACUUGAAGCGGCUACAGAGACACUUAGAAUACAUUCAGCUGCAGGAGGAAUACAUUAAGGAUGAGCAAAGGAGCUUGAAGAGGGAGCUUGUCCGAGCACAAGAAGAGAUCAAACGGAUACAGAGUGUGCCACUGGUGAUUGGACAGUUCAUGGAGGCUAUCGAUCAGAAUACUGGCAUCGUGCAAAGCUCGACCGGGUCGAAUUACGUCGUCCGCAUCCUGUCCACACUCGACCGCGAGAAGCUGAAGCCCUCAUCCUCGGUCGCCCUCCACCGUCACUCUAAUGCGCUUGUCGAUAUUCUUCCCCCCGAAGCUGACUCCUCCAUUGCGAUGCUGGGUGAGAGUGAGAAGCCAGAUGUGACCUACGCCGACGUGGGUGGUCUGGAUAUGCAGAAGCAGGAGAUCCGGGAAGCGGUCGAGUUGCCGUUGACACACUUCGACCUCUAUAGACAGAUUGGUAUCGACCCGCCCCGUGGUGUCUUGCUGUAUGGACCCCCCGGUACCGGUAAGACCAUGUUGGUCAAGGCCGUGGCCAACAGCACAACCGCCAGCUUCAUUCGCGUGAAUGGCUCCGAGUUCGUACAAAAGUAUCUGGGUGAGGGUCCUCGUAUGGUUCGUGAUGUCUUCCGGAUGGCGCGCGAGAACUCGCCUGCCAUCAUCUUCAUUGACGAGAUUGAUGCCAUCGCCACCAAGCGUUUCGAUGCCCAGACCGGUGCCGACCGUGAGGUGCAGCGUAUUUUGCUGGAGCUGUUGAACCAAAUGGAUGGUUUCGAGCAAACCAGCAACGUCAAGGUCAUCAUGGCUACCAACCGUGCAGACACCCUGGACCCGGCUCUGCUGCGCCCUGGUCGUCUGGACCGUAAAAUUGAGUUCCCGUCGUUGCGCGACCGCCGUGAGCGCCGCCUGAUCUUCACCACCAUCGCAUCAAAGAUGUCUCUGUCGCCCGAGGUGGACUUGGACUCUUUGAUUGUUCGGAAUGAGCCGCUGUCAGGAGCUGUGAUCGCUGCCAUCAUGCAAGAGGCCGGUCUUCGGGCGGUGCGCAAGAACCGAUACAACAUCAUCCAGACUGACCUGGAGGAUGCCUACGCAUCCCAGGUGAAGAGUGGCCAUGAGGAUGACCGUCUCGAUUUCUACCGGUAAGCUCUAUUUUGCUGGGGGCCGAGUGUAUGCGGGUGGUGAAAGCGUGGCUCGGACUGUUGUAUUAUCAAUAAUCUGUGAUACUUGGAAUACAUGCGAUAUUCAAUUUGUAAGGCAUGACUCGUGACAAGCUGCGAUGUGGUAGGAAGCAUUCCGUACCACGUAAGGGUCAAGCGAUACGCAAAAAAAUUCAGCUGGAUUGUACCACGCAUGGUCUUUGAAACAGUAUCAUACCGGGUAUAGGAAGGCAUCGAUCAGGCUGCCAGUAU